ACAUACAUGACGAAUAUGGAUAAAAAACAAGAGGAAGAUAUCAACCAAAGCAAAGCACCACUCUCACUGGGAGAACGGUUGCUCAACAAAUCGUCAAAGAAGACAGGAAUAUCAAUAAGCGUACAUGGGAUCGCCGUCAGCAUCACGAAUCAAUCAAGAGCACCAGGGAGUGCCUGGAAGUCUGAUAAUAGACCAAAUAUUGCAAAAAACAUAGACAGGAAUGUAGACGAUGGUGCAUUCCCAGGAUUGCAAACAGGGGCACUGGAUAAUCCUACAGCCAGAGAUACAUUUACAACAGACAAUACAGCAAAGGGAAAAUGGCAACCCACAGAUGUGCUGCUAGAUACAGAACUCAUGGGAGAAAACUUUCUCAUACCAGGGAUGAAAGGCACAUAUCCCAUGGGAUACAGGAAUUUUAUCGGAAGAGGUGUCAGUGAAACGCCGCCUCCACCACCCACAACACCGCCACCAGUACAAGGGGCACCCAAGGCGCAAACAACGACAUCCAAAUGGCGUAAGGACCUAAGAAAAACAAGCAGCAUGCAAUCAGCAUCUACCCAAAUGCCAAACGACACAUCGAUGCGCUACGAUCCCACAGCAGAACCCACAUCAAAAGCGUCGACCAGGUUUUUCAAUACAGCACAUAUGGAUAACCUAAUUGAACGACCACCAGGUAUACUAGAUACUGAACCUACCCAAAAGGAUAUCGGAACUCGGUUAAAGGGUAAUAGCGAUAAACAUGUACACAGCCCCGCAAUACGACCUAAAACACCAAAAUCAAGUGAUAAACACACAUCACAGGUAACUGAACGAAAAUCUAAAAGGACGCCAAUAACCCCUAGCAAGGACAUGGAUCACAGAGAUAUAAAAAGCAAUGAACUGCCUGUAACACCUAUCCCUUUUAUCCCAAGUGAGCCACUUGCCACAACAAAGUAUAAACAAGGCCGUACACAAAGACCACAAAUUGAUAAAAGCCCUAAACCAACAAGCUUAAAAGCAAAGUUCAAUAGAAGUGUUACCAACGCAUCAAUAUCGGAUAAAUCUGAUGCCGAUGAUAAUAUCAACAACCUGGCAACAAGAAUGAACGCAUUAAAAGUUGAUGCCGACAUUAUGGAACUAAAACAAGAAAACCUACAAGACGAUACAAAGAAAUAUAAACCACGUAGGAAAACAUUCAACACAAGGGCAAAUAACCCUAAUUAAUGUUUAGAUUCGUAACAUAUAGCUAUUUAU